UGCUUUUCGCAGAUCACCGACCGAUUCAACAACGCUCCGAAAUGGCAAGCUCGGCCUUCCGCUCUUUCACCACACCAAGCGCUUGGCGCGGAAUGUCGGCCUUGUCAAGAACGCACCCGACGCGCAGAUACGCAACGACGACGACCGUCGCCACAGGUCGAGCAGACAACUCGGUCGGGUUUGGCGCCAGUCCAAAGUCGCCUGCCGAGUACGCUGCAGCGUGGCCGUCCGCCGCUGUUGCUGCCGUGUAUGAAAAGCACGGUGCACCCGAGGACAUGCUUCGUGUGGUGGACUUGCCGCUGGCGUCCCUAUCGUCGCUGGGCGAGGACCAAGUUGCCGUCAAGAUGCUUGCUGCGCCAAUCAACCCGUCCGACAUUAAUCAGGUGCAGGGAACGUACGCGGUCAAGCCACCGCUGCCUGCAGUUGGCGGAAACGAAGGCGUCGGUAUGGUUGUUGCCGUUGGGCCCAAAGCGCAAUCACGCCUGCGGCCUGGUCAGUGGGUCAUUCCUCGGUCAUCUGGGCAGGGUACUUGGCGCUCGCACUGGAUUGCCAAGGAGUCGCAGUUUCUCGUCAUUCCGAACGAUCUGGCCUUGUCACAAGCGGCCACCAUCAGUGUCAACCCUUGCACGGCAUGGCGCAUGUUGCAUGACUUUGUGCCGCUGCAAGCAGGCGACACGGUCAUUCAGAAUGGCGCAAACAGCGCGGUUGGACUCUGCGUCAUUCAGUUGGCCCGCGCGCUCAAGCUGAACACGGUCAACGUGGUUCGAGACCGCGAAGACAUUUCGGCGCUAGAGGGCGAGCUGGUGGCCCGCGGUGCCACUCACGUUGUGACGGACAAAUUCCUCGGCUCGUUCAAAAUGGCCGAGUUCUGGAAGCAACACUCCGCAUCGCUUUGCCCGCCUCGCUUGGGCUUCAACAUGGUUGGUGGGCCGAAUGCUACAAAUGUUAUUCGGCAACUUGGAAACCGUGGCGUCUUGGUGACCUAUGGAGGCAUGUCGCGCGAACCAGUCGUGGCACCAACGGGGCCGUUUAUUUUCAACGACUUGCAACUCCGCGGGUUCUGGAUGACGCGAUGGAAUGACGAGCACGCUCCUGAAGAGCGCGAGCGGAUGCUGCAGGAUAUUGCCGUGCACAUUCGCAGCGGCACGUUGAGCACCAGCUGCCAAGGUCGCCCGUUGGCGGAAUUUGCCGGAGCGCUGACUGCAUCGAGGACGGCACUCCAAGCUGCGACAUUCAAGCAGGUUCUAACCAUGGUCUAAUGGCGCCUGGGGGUCGUGCGAUUGCGUGAUUGGUUGUGUUUGUUUGGCGCAAGAUUGUGGCCGUCAAAUACGACCCAACAACAACAACAAAAACAGCUCCAGCAAUACAGACUCUACUUGUUCCUGUU